AUGUCCAGCUAUAGCUCUUCUCCUUCGUCCAGCUUCCGUGGCUACCUGGACCAAACCAUCUCGUUCCUGAGCGCUGCCGCCUCCUACAUGCGUGUUCCAGCCUUGGCCUCCACGGCCAUCGCUGCCGUUCUCACCUCCCUCCUCUACUUCAAGCAAAAGGCCCUGAUCUACCCUUCCCAUAUGCCCCCAAACUCUCGGACAGAUCUUCCGCGACCAUCACAGUUUGGCAUACGAGACUUUGAGGAGCUUGUCAUCCCAACGGACGAUGGCGAGAAACUGUCCGCCUUUUACAUUCGCGCACCUCGUGGUGCCAGGAACGCAAACCUGACGGUCCUCAUGUUCCAUGGCAACGCCGGCAACAUUGGUCAUCGGCUACCCAUUGCGCGCAUGAUCAUCAACUCGAUUGGAUGCAACGUUUUCAUGCUCGAGUAUCGGGGCUACGGCACUUCCACCGGAGAGCCUGACGAGGCCGGCCUGACGCUGGACGCCCAGACCGGCCUCAACUAUCUCCGUGACCGUGCCGAAACGCGCCAUCACAACCUCGUCAUCUACGGCCAAAGCCUCGGCGGUGCUGUCAGCAUCAAGCUCGUGGCCAAGAACCAGCAUGAUGGGGACGUCGUCGGCCUGAUCCUGGAGAACACCUUCCUUUCCAUGCGGAAGCUCAUCCCUUCCGUCAUCCCCCCGGCCAAGUACCUCACCCUGCUGUGUCACCAGGUGUGGCCCAGCGAGUCCAUCCUGCCAAGCAUCAGCAAGGUGCCGAUACUCUUCCUCAGCGGCCUGCAGGAUGAGAUUGUCCCACCGAGUCACAUGCGCCAGCUUUACGAGCUUUGUAAUGCUCCCAAGAAAUGGCGGCCAUUGCCGGGCGGCGAUCACAACUCAAGCGUCAUCGAGGAAGGCUACUUCGAGGCCAUUGCCGAAUUUGUGGCCGAGAUCACGACUCGCUCCGAUGAGAAAGAGAGAUUGCGAUGA